AUUUGCUGUGCAGUUAUUUAGAAGUUGAUUUUAUGAGCACAAGUUAUAGACUGAAAUGGAUAUGUGAAACGACAAGCAAGAAUGAAGAAUAAGUGGACAGGGAGCUGAAAAUACGUAAGUGAGGGAUUAAAGGUGGAAACCACGUUCAGAAGUGUUGUACUGUUGCAGACGAUGAUACACGAAGAGGGUGAGAGAGUAGGGUGGUGUUAAGGUGUUGUGUCCUACAGAUUGUGUACUGUAUCCAACAGACAGUUUAAUCAAAGAAGACUACUGGCAAAGUCGGCAGUAGCUCACUGAUUCAGGAAGACCAGUGUGAGAACGUUAAUCAUGGGGAGGUAAGCGACCACUGACAAAAUAUCAUGGCAAUUUGAACAGAUACCAUCCUGGAAACCAGGCAAGAAGAAAUCUGAGAGGGCUGCGGGAAGAGAACUAACCAUGAGCAACGCUAUCCGUGGACUUGUCAGUCGAAACAAGAGACGCCACCAAGAAGAUGGCUAUGAUCUGGAUUUGACCUACAUUUACCCCAAUAUAAUAGCAAUGGGCUUCCCUGCGGACAAAUUGGAAGGUGUCUACAGGAACAACAUUGACAGUGUGGUCAGAUUCCUAGAUACAAAGCACAAGGACCAUUACAAAGUGUACAAUCUGUGCUCUGAAAGAAAUUAUGACACCUCCAAGUUUCACCGUCGCGUUGCUACAUUUCCCUUUGAUGACCAUAAUCCACCUUGCUUGGAACUGAUCAAACCAUUUUGUGAAGACCUGGACGAGUGGUUAAGGAAAGAUGAGAGGAAUGUGGCAGCCAUACACUGCAAGGCAGGCAAGGGUCGGACGGGGGUUAUGAUCUGUGCCUAUAUGCUACACCGGUGUAAAUUCCAUGACCCAGAUGCGGCUUUGGAGUACUACGGCAAAACAAGAACAAGAGAUAAAAAGGGUGUGACAAUACCAAGCCAAAGGCGAUAUGUACAGUACUAUGGUCAUCUACUCAAACACAAACUCACUUACCAUCCUGUGGCAUUAUUAUUGAAAAGGAUCAAGUUUGAAACAAUUCCUAGAUAUAAUAGUAUUGCUGUAUAUUUUGUGGUAUACCAGUUCAAGGUGAAGAUUUACACGUCCCCAAUAUUUGAGAGUCCUCGGAGAGGGGAAUCCAACAUGUACCUAGAUGUGCCUCAACCUCUCCCUGUUUGUGGGGACAUCAAAAUAGACUUUUAUAACAAACCCAAAAUGAUGAAAAAGGAGAAAAUGCUUCAUUUCUGGUUUAACACAUUCUUUGUGGGAGAAGAGGAGCAGCCAGAGGAACAAAAUGGCCAGUCAUUUCACAAGUGCCACUCUGGCUCUGCUGGUGGUCCACUGCUAACCCUAACCCUGGCAAAGUCAGACCUUGAUAGGGCCAACAAGGACAAGCUACACAAACUGUUCAGUCCCAAUUUUAAGGUGAAGUUAUACUUUAGUCCAACUGACCCACCAAAAGAACGGAGUAGAAGCAUGGAGGAUUUCACGUCACAUCAAAAACUGUUUGUCUCUGGUCAGAAGUCGCGGCUUGAAGUGACGCGGUCCAAUAGUAACCGGAGCAUAGAAGGUUCGCUUAACGCAUUGACUGUGAGCAGUGAUUCAGGGAACUUACGGACCUCAGAGCGUCCAUUGACGUUUGUGGGCCCAAGUGGGCGCUGUGAUACGGGUUCACUGGAGGGCAGCAUUGAAGGUCUGCCCAUCAACUCUCAGGGCUCCAGUGAUAACGAGGGAGUGUGUGAUUUGGAGGAUGACUUGUCAGAGACAGAGUCUGACGAUGAGUGGGAGGGCUGCGAGACAACACAAGUAUGAUAACAGCUCUUCCCAUUAGGCCACUUCAGACUACAAUCACUACCUGUAUAUUUUUACAUAAAGAUAUCUUCAUAGUGUAACUCACAGAUGGGAGGAUGCGAAGAAGUUGAGGACUGAACUGGGGUGUACCCCUGUCUCUGCACAGCUGAUGUUAGGAUGUGGUGAAGUUGAUGACUAGACAGGAGUUGAGAAGAUUCAUGGGAGGAUGUGAUGAAAUUGAGGACUGGACAGGUGUUGAGGAUGUGAUAUAGUUAUCGACUUGGGUGCAGAUGUGAUGAAGUUGAUGACUCUGCUGUAGCUGGGAUGACUGGAGUGUACACCUGUCUCUACUCCGCUGACACACAGCUUCAUGUGUAUUUAUUUUAUUAGUGCUCUGAUACUAAACCAGACCAGCGCUCCAUAAAGUGGUCUCAAAACUAAAUGGUAUGGAGAUUUUUUAGAAUUCCUUUAUUAUGUAAAUAGUUCAGAUUGCACUGUCUUUUGUCCUCCCCCUUGUACAUGUAUUAGCAUUGUAUGCUCAGUCCUCAUCAUUUGAUUAAGUGCUUGGAGAAUUCAACCUCUGGUUUUAUUUCACAGGCAUUGUUUUUGCUUGCUCAGACUGGUACAAGUGUUUUAAGGUUAAUGUGACAAUUGUCGGUUUAAACCAUAUUUUAAUUAUAGACACUGAAUUUAAUGUAUGUGUCAUAGUGUGCUUGUAUAGGAAAAUAAUUUCUAAAAUUUGAUUUAGUGAUGAAGUUAUUUUUCAUAACGCAUUGUACAACAAACAGUAGGCCUACACAUCACACUUCAUUGCAGUUUUAGAGGUUGUUGUUUUCCUCUUGACAGUGCUGCCUAGUCUCUCAAAGCUUCAGAUAUAUACACAUAUUUGUGAAGUACAUCUGUUUUGCCUUGAUUAUCUUUUAAAAUUGUUUUCUGGCACAUGAGCUCACCAGGGGAGAUAACUUCAGAUACUCACAUUUCAUCGCAAGCAGCAGUACACAGGUCUGGAUGUUUUUGUUUGGUCUAUAGAGGAAAUGUCAAAUUCUUUCAAAAUCGAACUCUUUAAAUGGUGAAGUAUGAACAGUCUUUACUCAGCCUCAUUGACUCAUUUGCAUGUAAAACUUAUAGGGCAUUGAUAAAAUUGUGAGAAUUGUUCUAAUCGUCUCCAUGUCAUACGAAUUGAUUUGCUUUUUAGAUGCUAUACUGCAUGUCUAAUCAUGACCACAUAGGUUUGAACAGGCAGAUUUUGUUGGGAUUGAUUGAACUGUUUCUAUAUUUGCUCCUCUGCAAUCUGUUUGAGGUCAGCUCUUACAUGUAAAGCUCUGUACAAACAAUGAUUGAACAUGCCAACUGUUUACAAGCUAAUUCAGGUAAUUUCUGGAAACCUGCUAUGAUUUGCAUCACAUAGGACACUGAUAUUACCACCAACCAAUGAACUAACAUCAUUCUUUUUGGCUUUCAAAUAAAAAUCUGCUCAGACUGCAGCUGUAAAGCUUUAUAACUUUCAGUAGUUCUACUCACCAGAGAACAGCCAUUCUUGCUUAACCAGAGAUGAGUGUCACAUUGCUCUAAGUGCAGAUCACAUGGGAUUUGGUUUUAAUGACAAUGAAUGUUCUGGUACAUUUGUAUUCAAGUGAGGCAGCGAUUGAGGAGAGAUUUGCAUAGCCCAUCAGCAUCCAUCUUUCAUCCUCAUUUUCCAUUUUCAUUCAUAUAUACCUGUAAAUAUAGCUCAUUCACAAUAUACAACAGUCAUUGCACAGGUAUGUAACAGUAUUUUAAAAUUCAACCUGAGGAACCAUGCUAUUUACAUCUAUUUCACUCUCAGUGUAUGUAAAUAGUGUACUUGCUACCAUUAUUACUCCAGCUGCUGGCCUAAUUUAUUCUGCAGCAUUACUCUUUUUCAAGAGUGACUUGUCAGAUCUAUGAAGCUACCUGCAUAUGCAUGUCACAGAAAUUAUAAUUCACAGAUCCUUGUGUAUGUAAAAGAAUAACUCAAUCCUAAAAAUUGAGUUGAAUCAAGUUCCAACCAGUCACAGUUAUAAAAGCUUAGGUCUUUCUGUUGAAAUGUCACUGUAUAAACAUCAUCUCCUCUUGCAUACCUUAUGAUUACUGUGUUAUUAAAUGUGAAGUUCUAGCUUUUAAAUUUUAGGUGUUAAGCUCAUUGAACAGGCAUUCGUCAGUACAGGUAGCAUCAUUUGUUUAUACAUUUAAAGUCUGGUGAAAUACUUUUUACCAUUUGUCAAUUGUUUGAUUUUCAAGCAGUGUUUUUUUCUUUUUUUGUUUGCUUCUUUUUUUAAUUAGUUUGUAAAUAAAAGCAAAUGUACUGGUUAUAUUUUGAAUCUGUAGAAGAAAUCCUGUGCUUUCAGUGAUCAGUUGGGUGUAGGUGUAAUCUAUACAGGUAUCUUGUUAAGCCUAUCACAAGGCACCAGUCUGAUUGACAAUAUUCAUUAUCCAUGAUGAAAAGUGACUUACCAUCACUUCAGUCUUUGGAAUUCAUA